AUGGAUGGAACACCACCUUACUACCUCAACAGAGGGGUUAGUGGGUCUGGUUCUGCGUCUGGACCUUCUGGUUCUGUUCCUGCUUCUGGAUCUGGGACACAGACUGGUUUACCAGCCCCACCAGGCUUCAAAACCUCUUCAAACCCUAACAUUUCAUUUCAGUCCAAUGUGGGUUCCACAUACCAAGUAGAAAACCCAUCACCCAGUUUUCCUCAUGGCAUUGCCAUGGGUGUGGCCCCCAGUGGUGUGUCACCGGGCGAUACUGGAAAGAAGAAAAGAGGGAGGCCUCGAAAAUAUGGUCCAGACAGUGCCAACAUGUCUCUGUUACUGUCUCCGAUGUCGUCCACGCCUUCUCCAGGGUCGCUAACCCCCAGACGUGGUAGAGGGCGGCCACCUGGGAGUGGGAGAAAGCAACAAUUAGCUUCUCUUGGAUUGCGUUGGCAUUGGAGCCAAACUUACCUCGUGGUUGGGGACUGGUACCACACAAGGAUGUGUAUCCCUAGAAGGAUGGAUCGUGAUGGCCCCAAUGAGAUAAGGGCCGUUUUGAGAUACUCUGCUUGUCAGGAUCUUACCUGCUUGCUGAAAAUGGUGGCCCCCGCAACCGGACUGGUGGGCCGUUUUGAGAUACUCUGCUUGUCAGGAUCUUACCUGCUUGCUGAAAAUGGUGGCCCCCGCAACCGGACUGGUGGUUUAAGUAUCUCUAUUUGUAGUCCUGAUGGCCACAUCAUUGGAGGUGCAAUAGGUGGUAAGCUUGUUGCAGCAAGCCCAGCUCAGGUGGUUGUAUGCAGUUUUGUUUAUGGUGGUUCUAAGACAAAGAACAAAACGGAGGCUGGUCCCAAUGGUGACAAUUCUACUGCUCAGUCUGGUGAAAAUUCAUCUGCACCUAAUGCAGCCCCUGGUCAUAAUCUCAGUCCAAAUUCUGCUACGAAUGAUUGGCCUCCAAAGUCACGGUUAGAUCUGACAAAUCCUCAUGCAGAAAUUGACCUGACUCGCGGAUGA